AUGGUGGAGAAGUGGUGCAAGUGGGGUUCCUGGACUAUCUGCUCUAUCUGCCAUUCCGUGCAGCCUCGGCACAUGAAGAACAUCGACGCGCGCCGACUUGCGGGUCCUCAUCACGCAUUGCGUGACUGCAGAGCCUGCAAAGCCGCCGGCGGGCGCAACAGCGGUGUCGCCACCGUUGCCGCGGUUCCUGAGGUGCUCCGCAAGCUCAAUGCCCGCAUCGUGCAGGCCCUGCGACCUCUGGACGUGGACUGCGGGCCGGUGCAAAGAGCUCCCCAAGGUUACCGCAUACACACCAGCAUGAUCCGCUUCAGCUGGUCUGGCGACUCCGUCAGCGACAAGAUCCGGGCAUUGCAGCGCGACGCAGAGAGAAAGAAGCGCCACCCAAACCCGACGGCCGCAGUGCUUCGGCGGCCACUUCAAUUCAUCGAGGAGCUCGGUUUGGAGUGCGCUCUGUGGCCCGACCUCUACACCGACCUUGUGGCUUGUGAAACCUAUGAAAGAGCUACAGACAUGCGGCGACAGCAGCGCAACAUUGACGAAGCCGAGUCUGAGGAUUCGUCGCAGCCCGUUGGGCGACACAGCCUCAAGAGGAGCUUCCUGCUCAAGGUGCUGGGGCCCGUCUUGGAGUAUGCUGCAGAUUACGAGCUCCUGCAGUUUGUGUUUGACCUCUCGGUCUGGUCCGACCUCGGUGGCAAGCGGAAUGUGCGCCAGGACGUGCCGAUGCGCAUCCUCCUCAAGGGAUGUCCCUUCGUGCCGUCUUACUGGGCUGUUCGUCACGCAGCUCUUCUCGACCUUCAACGCCAGGGCCUGCGGCCGCUGGUCUUCAAGACGUGGGCACCGUACGAGUGGAGUGCUCCGUAUCAUGGCUGGCUCCUGCACCACAUGCGCCACAUGCACCGUCACCGUCAGCACUUGGCGGGCCCCGAGACGCUGCAUCUUGCCCAUCUGCUGACGGAGCUCUGUCGGGAGUGGGCAGCCGGAGGCGCGAAGAAACAUGGCGCGGCCAGCGCCCGCUGGACGGACGGACAGCUGCUGUCUGGGACGGCCGCAGAUGGCACGCCGGGCAGCCAGAACUUCUGCUUCCGUUUGGAGUAUCAAGACGGCAAGCGCAAAGAGGCCACCCAGCAGUGGACCAUGAAGGCCGAAGUGCCUCCGCGCGACCACCCUCUUCGGGGCUACGUCCUCGACGGGCAGGCGAGUCGGACCGGAAGCGGCUUGGAGGUGCGCGAGGAGCCAUCCGUCUUCGACAAGGCCGCAGGCACCGUGCGGCUGCGCCACAAGGCGCGCGACGAGGCCAUGGGCAUUCGGGCCUACCAGGAGGCAGAGGUGGAGGUCCUCAAGUGCCACGUCGACAACCUCUUCCCGCGCACGGGAGCGGAUGGGCGCGGGCUCCUCAUGCGCUACGUCGCCACCUAUGCGCCCAAAUUCAGCGACAGCUUUGCGACGGAGUGGCUUGCGGACGAGGGGAGCACCGGCUACGGCAUGGCCCUCCGCAUUCUGUCCUGCUACCACCCUGGCGAACCUGAAAUGUGGCUCACCCUGGCCACGCAGAUGCUUCCGCCUUUCGGCACGGGAGGCACGGUGCGGCCGCUGGUGGCCCCUUGGCCCGACAUGCCGCGGAAGCCAGACUGCGUGGCCCUGUAUGAGAGCUCGCCGUGGCGCGGGGACGACAUGAGCCUUUUGGAGUUUCUCCGGAAGUCCAAUAGAACGGGCGACAUCGUGCAGUGGGUCAAGAAGGCGCACGCGCGGUCUGGCACGCUGGAAUCCCUGGAGGUCUUCGCGCGCAACUGCCCCAUGGCCGGCGAGAAAAUCAUCGCUGCGGAGCUGGUCUCGCCCUUUUCGGACAAGUUCUUUGGGCAGUGGCUAAUGCUCAACAGGCCGUUUCGCAAGGCGGAGGAUCUGCUGCUUCCGGAGAUCUUAGAGAAGGUGCCGGACCGCUACAAGUUCUUCGCCUGCGCGCGAGCUCUUUGCCCCGAGUACUGGCAGGACGAGCAGCUCAUCCGCGAGGACCUUUUGCUUGCAGCUCGAGGGGACGUCUACAUCGAGAACGUGCUGUCCAUGCUGCGAGCCCAAGCAAGCCUGGUGGACCGCUACCUCAGCGGGGCCAUCACCCUCGAAGAGGAGGCGCAGGCCCAGCAAGCCCGGCCUGCAGCUGCCAGGGGCCACGCGGAGCGCAUAGAUACUGGGCUCUUCACUCCGCUGCAGACUACGCUCCAUCAGCAGGUGAUGACCAAAGUCGAUCUCGUGUUGCAGCUGCGAGCCGCCGAGACGGAGGAGGAGGUGGAAACGCUCAUGAACGACUUUGAGAGCAACGGCAGGAUCCUCGCCGGCCUUGGCCCGCCCGGUACCGGCAAGACGGUCGUGGCCCAUCAGUGUAUCGAAGAGGCAGUGGUGAAGGGGGCGAGAGUGCUUUACGCACUGCCCACCGGGCAGCUGGCAGCUCGGAUGCGCGUCCGUCAUCCCGAAAUCCAGGUGGACACGUGCCACGGUGCUUUCUGGCUGCACCGUCCUCGCGCUGAAGCCGUCGCUGCCCUGACCGAGUACGACUUUGUGGUCGUUGACGAGGUUUUCCAGUUGACCUGCGAGCACUUUGACCGCAUCUGGGAGAUGUUCACUGCCGCCGGGCGCGCCGCGCCCGACUCGCACUGGGCCUGGAAGGACGUGCUCAAGAUCAAGUUCCACGAAGUCAAGCGGUGCAAGUGCCCGGUGCUUGCCCGCAAGCAGGCGGCCAUCCGCACCCACAAGCCUAUGGGGCAAGCCGGCAAGCAGCUCGUGGCCCUGCUCUGCCGCGAACACAAGGCCUGGACUGGGCACCACGAGCCCACGGACAUGGACGUCGCCAGCGUCCUGCACCGCACCAAUGGUGAGACGACCUUCGUCACGUGCACUCGCCGCGGGGCGGCCUUGUUGAAUGCGCUGGCUGCAGAGGUGCUCUUCGAGCGGAAUGGUCAGCGACCGUUGGGGCAGGUCCCGAUCGAGUACGACGAGAACCCUGACAACUAUGACGUCCAGGGCAAGCUCAUCGAGACCCGCGCCCCGCUUGCCGCCCAGCUCGUCCUCUACCGUGGCGCGCGCGUGGUUCUUACACGCAAUCUCAACAAGCCGGAGCAUUUCGUGAACGGCAUGGUCGCCACGAUCGAGGACUUCGACGCAAGGGCCGGCUGCAUCGUGGUUCGCACCGUCACCAACCGCCGCCUGAGCAUCCACCGGUACACCGAUGACGCAGUCCCCCACGGCCGCUGCAUCUACUACCCAGUUCGCCUCGGCUACGCUGGGACGGUGUACAAGUACCAGGGGGCAACACUUCCUCAUGUGACGCUGUGGCUCGAUCGCCCAGGGUGUCCCGCUGCCGCCUACGUCGCUCUGACCCGGGUGGAGAGGGACGAGGAUUACCUGAUCGGCGGCAUCGUUGAGACCAGGCACAUUUUGCCGGCUCGUUGA